AUGGGAGUGGCUUGUUCGCUUUUAGCUACGUCGAUUCCAACUGAAGAUGAAAUUAAGGUAACGAUUGGGCAUCGAGUUGACGGGCAUGUGAGACGGCGAAUGGUUAUCUUCGUAUUUGGUGGGCCAGGCUCAUGCAAGGGCCGGAUCGUUAGUGAUCUACAUCAGGGUUUCGGGCUGCACGUGAUAGAUGUUGAAAGUGUUUUGUUGAGACGCUCCGACAAUAUCAAGCUGACACUUGAAAAUCUCCUACAGAUUGUGGAGAAGGAAAUGCGGAACGCCAGUGCAGAGGCCGGUUUCCUCAUCGAUCUCGUGCCAAACCUUCGGAACAUUGAACGAUGUCUAACCCAGAGUAACGUACGCGCCGUACUUGAACGCUUUGAGAAAAACUGGCCAGUGGCGUUUGCCUUAACACUCUACGGCAAGCUGUUCGUGCAGUCACCUAACGCUGAACAAAUUCUCCUUGACAUGCAGGUGGAAGGAGCUCACGACGAGCGUGAUGCCAACCGAAUUCGGAAAAGGUGUACCUCGUUCGCAGCGAGCAUUCAGCCGAUCAUGUCGUAUUUCUGUGAGCGUACUGUAUGCGUGAAGCACGACGGAGUCAAUUACGAGAGGCUGUGGAAUACCGUAAUGGACCUCUUUUGGGAUCUUGGCUUGAAGGCCCGGGCACCUGUCACGACCACGGUCUAUUUUCUUCUCGAAAAACGCGAGGCGCUCCGACUACCGCAGUAUGCGAACAACGAGGGAAGCCUUCCGCGGGUCCCCUUUAUAUUACCGCCGUACCUGCGAGCUCGUGACGUAUUCGACGGCGUUAGUACACAGAUUUCAAAGCAGGCUUCUUCUCAUCGGGAAAAAUUUGUUGCUCAUUUGUACCCAUUUAUGGAACGCAUUGAAUGGGAAGAAGAACCUAAGGAAGCGAAGACCACUCUUCAUCCUCCUAUUCGUUGCAAGCAGCCACUCUUCUUGUUACCGAUGCUCAAUGAUGGGGCUGUUCCGGUGGAGCGGCGUUUGCUAGCCACUACUCAGGGUGAUCAGUGCAUCUUCUCUGCUGACAUCGGAAUAUCAGACUGUCGACGGGUUGUCGAACAUUACGCUCAGGCGAGAGCAGCUGCCACGUCGAUUCCUCAGACGAAGUGACAACUUCAUCAUGACGCACUCGGAAGAUCGAAACAGCUGAAGCACCAGACUGAUCUCAUCACCGCUAUUUCCGGUCACCGCUAUUUAUAUAAACGCUUAGAGGGGAACAAGUCAAGGGCUUACGGCUACUCUAUCUAGCCAGACGCAGAUACAACAGCAUCGCUUAUAAAAUAAUAUAUUUUAGACUGAAUAUUUCCAUCUGAGCAACGACAAAGCUGCCAUAGUAAUAGAAUCAUGCAUGAUUUCUCGUUUAUUAGAUAAAUGCUAAAUGUAACUAUUUCAGGAAGCUCUACCAUGACACUGAUUCUAACAGCAAA